CCUCGGCUCCCCCGCAAAGCAUCUCUCCACUCUCCGCAAUGCUAGCCAGCACCUCGGGCGAAAGAUGACAUUGUUCAGGUUACAAGACGGGCGAUUCCUGUUCCAUACUACACCGGACCUAUACUACAGAUCAAAAUGUCGAGUCAACAGAAGAACGAGUUCAGUGAGAAGCUGAUGAUCAGCGCCGAUGGGCAGCUCAAGGCUUCUCAGAAGAUCCCUCAGAUCGCUAGACCCUUUGUCAGCGAAAAGGCACUCAAGUACCUCGACAUUGUCGAGAAGUUUGUCGAAGAAGAAUGUAUCCCUGCCGACGCGGUAUUCUCACAGCAAAUCGGCGACUCGGUAAAGCAGCGCUUCAGCGGGCACCCGGCCAUCAUCGAAGACCUCAAGAAACGUGCAAGAGAAUUGGGACUAUGGAACAUGUUCUUGCCCCGAAACCACUUCAAGGAGGGAGCCGGCUUCAGCAACCUGGAGUACGGUCUCAUGGCCGAGUACCUGGGCAAGAGUCGCACCGCCUCCGAGGCCACAAACUGUGCUGCCCCUGACACGGGAAACAUGGAGGUGCUGGCCAAGUACGGCACCCAGGCACAGAAGGACAAGUGGCUCAAGCCAUUGUUGGAAGGUCACAUCCGUUCCGCCUUCCUCAUGACUGAGCCCGAUGUCGCCUCGAGUGAUGCCACAAACAUCACUCUGGACAUUACCCGCGAGGGCAAUGAAUACGUCCUCAAUGGUUCGAAAUGGUGGUCCUCAGGCGCUGGUGACCCUCGUUGCCAGAUCUACAUCACCAUGGGCAAGACAGACAAGAACAACCCCAGCCCCUACAAGCAGCAGAGUGUCGUUCUCGUUCCAGCAGACACCCCUGGAAUCACCAUCCACCGUAUGCUCGGUGUCUUCGGGUACGAUGAUGCUCCCCACGGUCACGGUCACAUCUUCUUCAAGAACGUCCGCGUACCAUUAGACCACAUGGUUCUCGGCGAGGGCCGCGGUUUCGAGAUCAUUCAGGGUCGUCUUGGUCCUGGUCGUAUCCACCACGCCAUGAGAAGUAUCGGUGCUGCCGAAAAGGCUCUCGAGCUCUUCGUUGCUCGUCUCAAUGACCCUCGCAAGAAGGCCUUUGGCAAGCUUCUCAACGAACAUGGCGUCAUGAUCGAGCGUAUCGCAAAAUCUCGCGUCGAGAUCGACUCUGCCCGCCUCUCAGUCCUCAACGCCGCAAUCACAAUCGACACCAAGGACGCUAAAUUCGCCCUCAAGGAGAUCGCCGAGGCCAAGAUCCUUGUCCCCACCAUGGCAUUGAAGGUCAUUGACCGCGCCAUCCAAGCCUACGGUGGUGCUGGUGUUUCACAAGACACACCACUAGCAAACAUGUACGCUCAAGGCAGAACCAUGAGAAUUGUUGAUGGUCCCGACGAGGUACAUUUGUUGCAAUUGGGUAGAAACGAGAACAAGAGGGGCAAGUUCCUGCUGGACAGGCUGGCGUGGCAGAGGAAGAAGAGUGAGGAGAUGGCCGCAAAGCAUGGUAUGCAGCUCAGAGAUGUUCUGCAGCUUGAUCGUGUCAUGUCUGAGAAGUCUAAGCUCUAGGUUAGGUCCUGUGAUCUGUUUACAUAAUGAGUACAAGUAUCUGAAAAUCGUUUAUGUUCAGUGUCUCUUGCUAGCAAAUGUCGAUAUUGGCCAUCUAUGACC